AUGCGUAUUCGCCUACAACCUCUCAGGAGACCACAAGGUAAGCGACCCCCAGGUAAGCUGAAUGUUGCCUUGUUGUCUUUGCCAGCUCAUCUUCAUUUCAGCAAUGAGCUCGCUCAACGGUUACCCAACCUUCCAAUGGCUGACGCCGACGAAGCCCCCGUGGAGAACCGCUCAUGUCAACUGCGAGACACGGUCCAGGCGACAGCGCUCGCCGUCCUUGGUAGCGCUCUCCGCCAACACCAGAACUGGUUCGACGACAACGACGCCGCCAUCAGAAAUCGGCUUACUGAGAAGCACCGCCUACACAAAGCCUACGUAGAUCACCCCACAGAGGACAACAAAGAUGCCUUCUACCGCAGUCGCCGCCAGCUUCAGCAAUGA